AUGGCUCCCCCCGCGGGCACCUCCCUCCUCGCGCGUGCGCGCCAGGCGCUCGCCAAGUACGUGCGCCCGCCGUGGAACUACACGGGGCCUACCGCGUCCGCGGAGUUCCGCGAGUCCGUCCCCGUGCUGGGGGAGUACCGCCCCUUUGCGCCGACCAACCCGCCCGCCAAGGCGUCGAUUCCGCAGAGCGAUCUCGACCGCGUCUUUAACAUUAAGUACCACGACCGCGAGCGGCGCCGCGCGGUGUUCGAGACUAAGAAGGAAGAGCUGACCGUUGCGCAAAUCAUGGAGGGGAUCCGCGGAGGCGGAGCGAGCGCGGAGGCUUCGGGGGAGGCUGCAGGGGCGGGAGGGAGCUCAGGGGGGGGUUCCGCGGAGUACGCUCCGCCGACCCCCGGGAAGUGGGAAACCCUCUUCCUCUCUCCAUCCAUCUCCCUCUCUCCAGCCCCUCCCCCCCCCCUCCCCCCCCCCUUCCCCCCCUCUUCUCUCUCCACCACCAUCUAUUUUGAACCAUCCCCCCAUCCUUCGCCCCCACCCCUCAUUUAUUUGCCCCUUCUCUAUCGUGUUGUUCCCUUCUUGCCUGCUGCUCAUUUCCUAUUUUUCUGUAUCUGUCCGUAUCACUGUCCCACUCCCUCUCCUUGCUCCCUUCCCUCAUCUUGCUCCUCGCGCUCCUCGCCCCCAUCUCCCUCAUCUCUCUCACUCCCUGUUUUCCCUCCUGCCGUCGUGUGA